AAAAGAGGCUCCAGCAGAGGGAGGCCCGCUCUUAUUUUGGCGGACUUUUUCAAACGGCUUUUGUCCAAUAAGCAGCGGAGGUUCAGGCUCCUCUAGGCGGUGCUGAGCUCCAAGAGGAGGCGCUCACCAAUCAGGACCCGGAGGUCUGAAGCAGCGUCACAGUUCCGCAGCCGCUCCGACACUUUAAGAGCAGCGUGUCUCCUCUUCUCAUCACUAUUUUCUCCUGAUCAGAGAAAGAAGAAACAAUGGCAAGAACCAAGCAGACUGCCCGUAAAUCCACCGGAGGCAAAGCCCCCAGGAAGCAGCUGGCCACCAAGGCUGCCCGUAAGAGCGCCCCGGCCACCGGCGGCGUCAAGAAGCCUCACCGUUACAGGCCCGGUACCGUGGCUCUGAGAGAGAUCCGUCGCUACCAAAAAUCCACCGAGCUGCUGAUCCGCAAGCUGCCCUUCCAGCGCCUGGUCAGAGAAAUCGCUCAGGACUUCAAGACCGAUCUGCGCUUCCAGAGCUCCGCUGUCAUGGCUCUGCAGGAGGCCAGCGAGGCUUACCUGGUCGGCCUGUUCGAGGACACCAACCUGUGCGCCAUUCACGCCAAGAGGGUCACCAUCAUGCCCAAAGACAUCCAGCUGGCCCGCCGCAUCCGCGGAGAGAGAGCUUAAACUGUCUGCUGCUCCACGAACCAACAACGGCUCUUUUAAGAGCCAC